CAAACUCGGGAUCAGAGUGGGAAGGCAGAAUUCGGGAUUCUGUGUGGCGCAUUUCAAUGACAAGGCUAUUGUUGUGAGGAUAUUUUUUAUGUAUUUAUAUUAUUGCUCUUCUUAUUCAUCCUCUUCGUCUUACGUUGAGUGCAUUAUUGUGCGUUUGGCUUUACAUAAGCGCCAGAGUCGUCUCCCCUCGCAGCCAUUGCUUCUCUUGUGAUUCAUUGACAGUGUUGGGUUUUGAAAUUUGAAAAUCCCAAAGAAUAGCUCCAAGUACUGUCAGACACAGCAGCAAUCGGCUCGCGGACGUUUUAGAAUGGGUGUUACCGCUGAGAAGGAUGUUCCACCAGCUGUCGAGGAUGCUGCACCAGCAGUAUCUGACGACCCAUGUGAAAAACCUGAAUCGGAUCAGCCAACCAAAGAUAAGAGUAUAGCUGGUGGUUGCCUUUCUUUGAUUGUGCUAGGCGCAUCUGGAGAUCUAGCAAAGAAAAAGACUUUUCCAGCCAUCUUCAAUCUUUACAAGCAGGGUUUCUUGCCGGACGAGAUGCAUGUUUUUGGGUAUGCGAGAUCCAAUAUGACCAACGAGGAGCUGCAUGAGAAGCUUCUUAGGUAUUUGAAAGCAGAAAGGACAGAUCCUACAACAAAUCCUGAAGAUGUGAGAAAGCAGUUUCUUAACAAGAUUACAUACAUACACGGGGCGUAUGAUGCUGAUGAAGGUUUUAUCAAGUUGAAUGAGGAAAUUUUACGCCUCGAACGAGAGGAGAGUGACGAUAAUAGUCCCACUCGUAGGCUGUUUUACUUGGCCUUGCCUCCUUCAGUCUAUCCGCUUGUGAGCAAGCAGAUUCGGAAGCACUGCAUGAAUCAAAGAGGAUGGACCAGAGUGAUUGUAGAAAAGCCUUUUGGGAAGGACUUGGAAUCAUCUGAAGUUUUGAGUUCUGAGUUAGGUUCCCUAUUUACAGAAGACCAACUUUAUCGUAUCGAUCAUUAUCUGGGGAAAGAGCUCGUGCAGAAUCUGUUGGUUAUGAGGUUUGCAAACCGUUUCUUUGUACCUAUCUGGAAUCGAGACAAUAUCGCUAAUGUCCAGAUUGUUUUUAAGGAGGACUUUGGAACUCAAGGACGAGGUGGUUAUUUUGAUGAGUAUGGGAUCAUUCGGGACAUCAUCCAAAAUCAUCUCGUGCAGGUUCUGUGUCUGGUAGCCAUGGAGAAACCUGUUUCUCUCAGCCCUGAGCAUGUUCGGGAUGAAAAAGUCAAGGUUCUGCAAUGUAUUGAGCCCAUCAACGAGGAAGAGGUGGUGAUCGGGCAGUAUGAGGGCUACAAAGAUGACCCUACUGUUCCAAAUGAUUCCGUCACUCCUACUUUUGCAUCUCUUGUUCUUCGCAUCAACAACGAACGGUGGGAUGGGGUACCUUUCAUUAUGAAGGCUGGGAAAUCUUUAGAUACUCGAAAAGCUGAAAUUCGUGUGCAGUUUAAGGACGUCCCUGGUGACAUUUUCAAGUGCAAAAAGCAGGGUCGCAACGAGUUCGUGAUGCGUCUGCAACCGAAGGAGGCGAUGUACAUGAAGCUCACGGUGAAGGAACCCGGCUUGGAUAUGCGAGCCACACAGAGUGAGCUAGACAUGUCAUAUCAUCAACGCUAUCAAGAUAUUGUUAUUCCUGAGGCUUAUGAGCGCCUGCUUCUUGAUACUAUUCGUGGGGAUCAACAACAUUUUGUGCGCAGGGAUGAAUUGCGGGUUGCAUGGGAGAUAUUUACACCAUUGUUGCAUCGUAUUGAUGCUGGAAAACUUAAAGUGAUACCUUACAAGGAAGGUUCUCGAGGACCAGCUGAAGCUGAUGAACUAAAUGCACGGAUGGGAUAUCAACGAACUGAGGGUUACUGCUGGAAACCACCUACAUUGCAGUAGCCCAGAGCCGAAUGUGAAGGAAACGCACAGAAGCAAAGAAAACGACAGGCGUUCUCAGAAUAUUGCCUUGUAGGUUACUUGAAUAAUACUAAUGAAUGCAGUCCCAUAGGUGGUGCAUGUAAAAUACAGUAAAUGGUGGAUCCAGCAUUAGAACGUAACCAAACCGGUAGUAGCCACAUUUAGCUUGACGGCUACAUACCUUUUCGACAUGUUUGCUCAACCAAUUUGUAAUCUGUAACUAUCGAUAUUUUGAAGCAUGAUGAUUACAGUA